UCCUCUCCACUCAAAAUGUCCGAUAUAUCCCCAGAUCCCAUCGUCAUCCAGCUCCCCGACGAGCAUCCCCGGCUACCGCUCGACAUAGCCGAGAACAUCCUCUGCCGCCUCCCGGUGAAGACCCUCAAGCGCUUCCGUGCCGUGGAGAAAUCGUGGCGUGCGCUGAUCGACAGCGAGAGCUUCGCCAAGGCGCACUUUCUCAGCUCUCUGGCUUCCAAUUCCAACCGGAACAUCAUUAGCUGCAUAUUCGGCUUCCAUGCGAUGAACCUGGAGUCUCUCAGCACCCCGACAGACAUGGAGCCACCGUUCGAGUACAACAACAAGGACGUCGACUCAAUGUCGAGAUCCGUCAACGGUCUCGUCGUGGUGACGAGAGAGACCGAGCCUCCGAUUUUGUGGAACGUCUUCGCUAGAGAGCACAAGGUUCUCCCCAGAUGCCCUGUUAAAUUGGCUCCCAGAUUGGCCAAUUCCUGCGAGAACAUGUACGGCUUCGCGUACGACGAGGAGAAUGACGACUAUAAGGUCGUCAAAGUUAUGUGGCACAAAAAACGGCCCUUAUCCGAGGAGUGGAUGUACAGCCUGAAAUCGGAUUCAUGGAGGAAAACCAAGGCCAUGAAAUACCAGAUGGGACACUGGCCCGUCCCCUUCAGAGGUGCCCUGCAUGCAAUUGCUGGCAACGAUGACGUGAAGCUGAUGGGUUUCAACAUCGUCACGGAGACGAAUUUCGAGCUACCGUUGCCCAAGUUCGAUUACGAUAUUGAGCGUCCUCAUUUGACGCUCGAGCUAUUCAACGGGACCAUGCUAGCUCUGGCAAUUGUGUAUCCGUCAAAAGUUGUAAUCUGGGUGAUGAGGGAGUAUGGGGUGGCGGAGUCGUGGCAGGUGAUAUUCUCCAUGCCCAACACGCAGGGGCCCAUGUGGCCUCUUGCUCUCUCUAAGGACGGCGAGAAAAUUCUAUUCAACUACCGUGGGACACAGUUUGCCUAUUUUGGGUUGAGGGAGCAUAGCGUGCAGGACAUUGCCUUGCCAUAUAUUGUGUGGCCGAGACUUAUAGUGGAGACGCUGAUUUCGCCGCAUUUUUGGGACAAGAGGAAAGCUUUGGAAGAAAGCUCGAUGAAGGAGCAGAAGAAGAAUGUGGGAAAGGGGAGCAAGGGCAAGAAGAAGAAGGAGAGCAAGACGAAGGGGAGCAAGGAUGACCAGGACCUCUCAGCUCAAUUGAACUUGGUUCUUUGAAAUCCAUGAGGGAUGACUUUCCGACAACUGGACUCAAGUUUCUGUGAGUUGGUUCUUGGAAAAGUUGGUUGUUAUUUGCUACUCAGAUGAAAACGAAAAACAAAAAAUGCUGUUUGGAUGAAAAUUAUGUUUUGUGGUGUACCCUUGUAAAGGGCUUCCAGUAUUAACUAGUAUGUAGUGGAAUGAACAUGCUUCUGUGAAUGCAAUGGUUUUUAGUAUUGUUUAGUCAAUGGCUUGUGAGUUGUGAGUACAUUGGGCUUUUGUUAAACUACUGUUAGUUCACAUCAAUGCACCAUGUACCAAUUCUUGUUUACUUGGAACAGUACACUCGAAUACCAUCCCUCAGAAAAUACUAAAGCUAGAAUGGUAUAAAUGUAGUAAAUAUACGAGAAUUAUUGCCUUAU